AUGGCAGUCAGUAAGACUAAUAGACCGGAUCGUCUAGUUUGGCAUUUUACUAAGUCGGGGAAAUACUCGGUGAAGACCGGGUAUCGGGUCGCUCGGGAAUUAAUUGCGGAAGUUGAAUACGGCCCAACGUGUACGGCUUUAAGGGCUCAAUCCUGGGAACUUGACGUCCCCCCGAAGAUCCAACACUUUUUCUGGCAGAUCGCUUCAGGUACUCUUCCAGUUCUAGAACGGUUAGCACAUCGGGGUAUUCGGUGUGAUACACGGUGCAAAAGAUGUGACUUAACAGCAGAGACUAUAAAUCACGCGCUUUUUGAGUGUCCUCGGUCGCGACAGAUUUGGGAGUUGACUCCGGUAUCUUUGGACCCCCAACGCUUUCCAUAUGCCUCAAUAUAUGCGAAUUUAGACUUUAUUUUUUGGCGGGCAUCUUCCCAGUCGGGUGUCACGGAUAUAGCUUUACAGCUUCCAUGGAUCAUUUGGUCUCUUUGGAAAGAUAGAAAUAAAAAGGUAUUCCAAGGCAUAGAGGCUGAACCAAAUGAUAUUCUCGGUCAGGCGGCCAAUGAUAAAGCACUUUGGGAGGAGGCCAAAGCUUUUUCGAGAGGACACAUGGCACCAACGCCACCUUUAGAGGAUAGGAUCUUUUCCUCAUGCUGUCAGAUAGACGGUUCAUGGAAAGGCUCAGAUCCUUUUCAGGGUCUGGGUUGGUGGUACUGUAAUGAUGAAGGUUCGACGCUGCUUCUGGGAGCAAGAAGUUUUCGUCGUGGAUCUACGCCCCUUCAUGCGGAGCUGCAAGCCCUACUUUGGGCGAUGGAGGCUCUCUUGGAGGCUGGGGUGGACUGUCAAGCCUACGAGACGGAUUGUGCAGAGUUAGUCGAGAUGGUGCAGACUCCAGAUGACUGGCCGGCCUUCGCGAAUUUGAUGGAGGACUUCUCAUUGCUCAGAUCGUCAUUCCCUUCCUUCACCCUUUCCAAGAUCCCUCGGGAGUCCAAUGCCAGAGCUGACUGUCUGGCCCGCUUUUCAAGAUCUUUGCCUUCUGAAACUUCUUUUGUAAACAGCUAUCCUCCAUUUUGGGCUACCAAUCGUGGAGUUCUCUUUUAA